AAUAAUUAAAGAUCAAAUCAAAUCAAAUAAUUAUUUAUUCAGACAAAAUAAAUCAGAUCACAAAUAUUUUUAAAAAUGGGGAUAUUAACACAAUUUGUGUCCACCACUAUCUUCUUUUGGGAUCAUAUGCAGAAUAAAUUCACUUUCUUAUAAAAAUUAAUAAAAUGCUGACAAAAAAUAAUUAAUAAAAUAAAUACAUUAAUUAAAUUAAUUUGAUUUAAUUUACAGAGGUGGAAGAGUGAGAGAGUGGUCAAUUCAAAAGGCUGUUAUCUCUCUCCCAACUUCUUCUUCUUCUUCUUCUUCUUCUUCUUCUUCUUCUUCUUCUUCUUCUUCUUCUUCUUCUUCUCUCUCUCGUCACAUCAAUCCACACUGUGUAGUUUCAAGUUCCUUUGCUGCUUCUGCACUCUCUAUUGGUCCCUUUGCCAUUAACUACUUUCUUCUGAUUCAUUGGUGUUUCCAACCUUCUCAAUUGCUGUGUGUUUGGGGGAACACAAGACACUACCUCAUCCCCUAGUGAGAGAACUUGUUGGUCGCUUUUAGGUCUGGGUUCUUGUUUCCCGUUGCUACAUUCUACUCUUAACGUGUCAAAGUCUUUGGCAACCCAAAGUAAAGCUAAUAGAUAGAAUAAUAAUUUAAAAAAAAAAUGGAGGUUGCUGAGAGGAAACGAUCAAGAGGAGGGUUCUUAAAUCUAUUUGACUGGCCUGGUAAAUCACGGAAGAAGAAGCUCUUCUCUUCCGGCAACUCGGAGCUCUCAGAAGAACCGAAGCAGACAAAACAGAAUGCUCAUAACCUCUCAAGUCCUUCUCUCAAUGAGAUUGAUAAGAAUGGCAAGAACUGGAAUUACACCUCAAGAAGUGACUCGAGCUGUUGUGCAUCUUCUGUCACCAGUGAUGAUGGACAAGGGACAAGAGGCCCUAGUGUGGUUGCAAGGCUCAUGGGUUUAGAGUCUUUACCGGUACAGGAACCUCGGUUUAAUCCUGUUCUUGAUCCAUUCUUCUUCAGACAUUCACUAAACACAAACAAAUGUAAUGCAUAUGAGAAUCUUUGUUAUGAUGGCCACAACAGGCCGGUUGAGAGGUUUCAUUCCGAAACUUUCCCUCCCAGGUCGGGUAAACCGAUCUCUGCUGCAAACAAUAGACUCUUGUCUCCAAUCAGGAGUCCUGGGUUUGUCCCAUACAGGAAUCCAGUUUAUGUAAUGGAAGCAGCUUCGAGAAUGAUUGCACCAAGUCCUAGGAUGGUUACUAGAACCCGGUUUUCUUCGCCAUCAGAUUCUCCUUCAACAUCAGUUCCUAUGAGGAUUCAAGAUUUGAGAGAGAAACUAAAAGCUGCAAAGAAAGUGUCAAGCCGCCGAGUCUCCUCUAAUAAUACCUUCAACGACAAGAGAGCAUCAACAUCAGUCACUACCAAAAGUAGUCCUAAUGGUUUGAAGAGAAAAGCGAGGCCACCUCAUGUAUCUGCAGCACAAGCAAAGGCCAGCACAACGCCCUUACGUGUCAUUAGAAACUCUCCAAGCCAUAAGGAGAAAGCAGAACCUAAAAAGCGCAUCGUCAAGAGUGGUCUUCAGCAGAAGAAUGAACAGAAACAGAACUGCAAGGACAACCAACGGUUAGUAAACAAGGUUCCAGUGGAGCGUGGAUCGAUAUCAAAGCAGUCCGGUGUGAGAACUGAACCGGCAGGAAAGAAUGCUUCUCUAUCUUUGUUGCGCAAAAAGACUGUUCCCCGGAGCAAGAAACCACCAAAUGGGACGCAAGAGUGUGGAAUCAAAAGGGUUGAAAGUGUGAUAAAAUGUAAUAUUGCCAGUGAUGGUGGCUUGCAGUCAGGCAAAGAUGAUCUGAAAAAGGAAAUGGAUGUGAUUUCAUUCACAUUCUCAUCUCCGGUUAAAGGUUUAUCAUCUGAUUCACUAUCCUCCACUCAAGUAACUGAUCAAGACAUAGACUCUGCAGCUAGUUUCGAUAUGUUUGUUGGCGCCAAUCCUUUAAAUGUUCUGUUGGGGAAAAAGCUCAGAGUGAUGACUUCUAAGCUUGAGUCUUCUAGCUGUAGCCUGACCCAAGAAGAGCCUUCAUCUUCAUCAGAGUAUGACAAGUCGACCCAAAAUGGUCUGGAAAAAGUUUUAUCAGAGAGUGAGUCUGUUUCUGACUGCACCUCAUCCUAUGACAAACAAAAACUUCAGAUGACGCAUGCAGAGGAGCAUGAAGUUAGCAGCAUUAGCACUGUAACAGAAGCAGAUGAUCUCAGAAGCUCUUGCAGCAAGGGCUUCUCAGAUUGCAGACAAACCGCAGAAAGGCUAGUCUGGGAGGUUGAGUACAUAUCUGUGAUCCUCGGUUCUGACCAACUGAUGGUGAAAGAAUUCGCUUUGGGAAUGGAUACUGACAUAUUACCUGCGAGCCUCUUUAAAGAACUGGAAGGCUGUGGAGAAGAAACAGCAGCCAAGCUCAAGAGGAAGACACUGUUUGAUUAUGUCAAUAAGAGUUUAGCGCUUAAAUGCGAGCAGAUGUUUAGGGGUAGCUGCAGAGGGCUAUUGUGGAGAGAGGGGAUUUUGUUUGAACAUAGAGAUUGGUUAGCAGAAGAACUGAACAGAGAGGUUCAAGGGUUGGGGAAGAUGAGGGAGAUGAUGAUGGACGAGCUUGUUGAGAAAGAGAUGAGCAGUUUAGAAGGGAGUUGGAUUGAUUUCGAGAGAGAGACUUAUGAAGAAGGUGUUGACAUUGAAGGAGGGAUAGUAUCUAAGUUGGUUGGUGAUUUAGUUAAUGAGCUUGCCUCAAUGUUCAAAGAAAAGCACUGAAGCCAAUGAAAAGUGUUGGUUUCUGAUUUGUUUUGAGUCUGAUCUUCUCUCUGCAUUGUAGAUGCUUCUAGUCUGUGUUUCAUUCAUGUGAUAGUUUCUCUGACAUGAGAAUUGAGAUAAAGUGGAAAGUAAUCAAUGUUGAGUAGCAGUCUCCCUCAAUGUAGUUCAGAAGCAUUCCAUUUAAAUAUAUUCUGUAUUCUUAAAGAUCGGAUGAAAUGCAAAU